AAUUCCAAUGUUGAUAUUUGUUCAUUCUCAGCCUCAUUUGUCAAACAGCCUGAACUCAAUUAUAAAAAAACAAACAAACAAACAAAUAUAAAUGCAGUGAUUCAGUAAAUUUUAGUUUCUAUGCGGAUCGUGUUGUGGUUGUCAACACACGUCUGCAGUAUCCUCCACCACCAUCCCCCUACUUUAUUUCAAUCCAAAAUCCUCUCAAGAUAAAGCCUCAAUUGUGCUCCCCCUCCUCUUCAUCAGAGUUCUAGUAUCCACUUAGUUCAUUAUGGCUACCUGUGGAGGCCUGAGGCAGUUCUUUGAGAAGUCAAUGCCGGAGAAUUCUUCAUUUUUAGAGUCACUGUCUGCAUGGAAUCAUAUUACAAACAUAAAGCCGCUCGAAACCAGUAUUGGAUCAAUGACUGAACUCCUGCCGUCUAGUUAUGGUGAGAACAAUGGCAAGAAACCAGCAUUGGAUCCUCCACCUGGUUUGCCCAAGCAUAAGCAUCAGUUUAGUAUUGACUCUUUGCAGCUCUGCACUGAAGGACUUGGGUCUGAGAGCUUUGAUGGAGUUGAGAACUCGAUGAAGGGCUCUGACGAUGAUGACUGGAGUGGAAGUGGGAUGAUGAGUGACAAAGAAGGGAAGACGGCGGACAGGCAAUCAAGGUGUUACUUAGAGGUGAAAGCAAAGGAGCAAUGGGGGCGAUUUCCACCCCCAAUAUCAACAUUAGGUAAGAGUGGCAAGCCAUGGAUGUACUUCAAAUCUUACAGGAAUGAUGGGAGGUUUGUGCUGAGAGAGAUGAGGAUCCCUACACAAGAGUUGUUCCAUGCUUCUCGUGAAGACGGGAGACUCAAACUCCAACUAGUUCAUCAAGAAGAUGAGGUCGCUAUGGAAGAAGAAAAGGAUGAAGGAGAUGAAGAAUCAGAGCACUCUGAUCAUGUGGAUGAUGGUUAGAUGAUGGGUAAAAGGAUUCAGUUCUUGUGCAUGUUGAUUGUUGUAAAAUGUCUCGCUUCACCAAGAUCUACUUGAAGGAUGGAAAAGAUAAAGAUUGAAGAUAACAAGACAACACAGAGAUCUCCGGCACUUCAUAAUUGAUCCAACAGGCAUGGAAGAGAUGUCGGUCAAGUAGCUUUCAAAUAAAGGAUGAGGUUUCAGGCAAGUUUACAACUUAUUACUGGCCCUAAAAACAGGAAGAGACGUGUGGUUUGAUCCCACUUUGGAAGGUAAAAUCAAAACCAUGGAAGCCUUAUCUAGUGACUUAGCAUCAGGAAGGGCACCUAAAAGUUGAUAUGCUGAUUCAAAGUGAGGAACAUGAUAAGCUGUACUACCAAGAUGAGAAUAUAUGAUAAUUGGAUCAGAAUUAGGCAGGCAACUCAACAAUGACCAAAUGAUUGAGAUUGCAUUGGCUAUCAAUUAUCCCUAAAAGUCAGUACAUAAGGGUGCAUGCCAACACAAGUGGACACUCUACACGUCUUAAUGCAUGCCACAUCCACACAUUUAGAGAAUAAGGCAUAUUCCAAGCACUAAGACAACCUUGUCCUCUCUAUACAUGAUGGCGGACUUGCUUUAAAUACUUUUAUCGUAGUGAGAUCAAUUGAAUGCUAUACAUGCUCUUUACCCAAAGGUGUCAGCCAAGAAAAAGAAAUUAAAAGGCAAGACAAAAAAACAAUUAUAGCCAGUUAAUUAAGUUGUACUUUAAUCUUAUCACAUGUUUACAGUUCAUCAUUCAGAGAUUUCCAGUGCCACCACAUUACUAUAUGAAUGGUUCAGAAAGCUUGAAGGAAUAUUGAUUUUGAGAUUGAUAUAAGCAUAAGGUAAGAUUUUCCCUGUUUGUUUUAGACUUUUAGUAUACCUAUACAGUAAGUUCUGCAGCUGUCAGUACGAGGACAUACCUUGUAUAAGUCUGGACACCAAUUCCAAAAACAGCACCCAUUUAUGCCUCUGGGACCUGACAGUUGAAGGUUUGCAGCAAUUUUAGACAACAUGCCAAAUAUAACAAUGCAUUAUUUGCUUACCUACUCCAAUUUUUGCAUACCAACAUGAAUUUCAACUUCUGACGUAAAUAAAUGACACAAAAACAUCAUAAAAAAAUGAAAUAUUGUGAAUCCUGCAUCAAUAGCUCAGCUGAAGUAUCCCAAAGUUUGAAUUAUUCUCAGGGGAUUUCUUAAAUCUGAACUACUGAUCAGGGCGACUAACUUGGCCACCUUCAUUGUCAAUGAUGGGAAAAAGGACAGCAAAUAGAAAGGAUUCCAAGGAAGCAAGACACAUGCAAUUUCAUACAUAAACGGAGAAUUCAACACAUUCCCAAGAUGCAAUUAUAAGCUCGAACCACAACUCAGGUAUCUAGAUACUAGAAAACCAGAUAUAUUAACAAGCAUACAGGACAGGAUACUUCUAAAUAGAGUUAACCAUACUCAAGACUUCCUUUGAAUGUAAAAGAUAAAACUAGCUAUAAAUUGAUUUUUAAGUAUAAAGAACUCUUACGAAGUACACAAAACUAAGUAGCAAAAACAAAUAUAUGUAUAGCAAACAGGUGCAAAUUUUGAUAUUUUGAGUAAAAUGGUUCAAAUUCUGCUGCCUGCUUGUCAUAA